AUGUCAAGGUUGUGGGAUUCACUACCUCAGCCAGUUGGCUCAUUAUCCGGUCGAACUCCACGACCUGCAGAUCAGGGUACAAAUUUUCUGUUUGGUGGAAAAGAUGGAUGGGUGCUAAAUCCAUGUAAAAGUUAUAAUCAUUGGGCUGAAAGAAAUAGGUUUCAAGUGAACGAUACCUUAUGUAAGCCUUAUGUUAACAUUUUUUGUUUUUGUUUAUUUAUUUUUAUGUAUGUAAUUAAGGGUGACAUGGGAGUAUCUCAUUAUACACAGUAUAUUUUUGGAAGAUCAGGGCCACAAUACUUCAUUAGUAGCAGUGAAGAUCAUUGUAUGAAAGGGCAAAAACUUGUCAUUGUGGUCCUUGCUGUUAGGCCUAAGAAGCCUAGUCCUGCACCAGCUUCAGCUCCAACAAUCUCGCCCCCUUCCGUUUCCCCUGCGCCAUCAGGUUCGACCCCAGCUCUGUCUUCAAAAGCCCCUUCGCCGAGCCCGUCGGAUGCUGAUGCUCCUUCUAACGGUCCCAACAAAUCGUUUGAUGUGGGUUUCACUGCUUUCAGAAUCAAUUGGCUACUUAGUUUUGCUGUUGGAGUUGGUGUGUUUAUGUUUUGUUUUGGAUGGGUGGUUUAG